AGUAGAGAGCGGUGGAAGAGUCUAGGCGCUUUAGUUGCAGGCUACGUCGAGAAUCAGUGAAUCAGAAUCAGUCGCAGAAAUGGGAGUGGAGAAGCAAUUGGUGAGGCCCGGCACCGGUCCCAAGCCUGUUCCCGGUCAGAACGUCACCGUUCACUGCACUGGCUAUGGGAAAAAUGGUGACCUCUCCCAGAAAUUUUGGAGCACAAAGGAUCCAGGGCAGCAACCUUUUAGUUUCAAGAUAGGGCAGGGAUCUGUUAUUAAGGGAUGGGAUGAAGGUGUUCUUGGCAUGCAAGUCGGUGAAGUGGCUCGUCUCCGGUGCUCCCCUGAUUAUGCUUACGGUGCUGGUGGCUUCCCUGCCUGGGGGAUACAGCCCAACUCUGUUUUGGAGUUCGAAAUUGAAGUCCUCAGUGCCCAGUGAAGUGAACACAAUACACAUACUAUUGCUCUUUUCAUUCUAAUAAAUAAGGACUCGUAUUGGUGUUAGUUUUAGUGUUAGUAUCGUAUCAUGUAUUGUGUAUGCUUGAGUACUUUGGCUGAAUCAUGAAUAACUUCCGAAUGGUCUUUGAUGAUAUAAUAUCGGUUAAAUUACACCGUUAGUCCCUA